AUGAGUGACUCAAAGCAACACACCACAUUGAGAUUGGGUUCAACUGCCCCAGACUUCAAAGCCGAGACUUCCAAUGGACCAAUCUCGUUCCACGAAUACCUUGGCGACUCUUGGGCCGUCUUGUUUAGUCACCCAGACGACUUUACUCCAGUCUGUACUACCGAAUUGGGUGCAUUCGCCAAAUUGGAGCCGGAGUUUGCCAAGAGAAACGUCAAGUUGAUUGGUUUGUCAGCUAACAACUCUGACUCGCAUAAGGCUUGGAUCAAGGAUAUCGAUGAAGUUACAGGCUCCAAAUUGAGUUUCCCCAUCGUUGCUGACCCAGAAAGAAAGAUUGCUCACUUGUACGAUAUGAUUGACUACCAAGAUGCUACCAAUGUCGACGACAAAGGAGUGCAAUUCACCAUCAGGUCUGUUUUCGUUAUUGACCCAAAGAAGAAGAUUAGACUAAUCUUGGCCUACCCAGCAAGCACUGGUAGAAACACUGCCGAGGUUUUGCGUGUGGUUGACUCAUUGCAAACCGGCGACAAAUACAAAGUUACUACUCCAAUCAACUGGGUUCCAGGUGAUGAUGUCAUUGUGCACCCAACGGUCUCAAACGAAGAGGCAAAGACUCUUUUCCCUAAAUUCAGAAUCAUCAAGCCAUACUUGAGAUUGACCCCAUUGGAUGUUAAAGAGGAAUAA